UCGCUAUACGAAACUUUAAAGUCUGCUACCGACAAUAUCGACGUACUCGAGGGAAAAUGUAAGCAAACGCACCCUCUCUUCCCCCAUUUGACAACUUUGUGUACUGAAUAAUGCUGGUGUUAUUUCCUCCCCUUGUAUCAGCCAUGUUGCCAAUAUGGCUCAGGUCGCAGUCUUUUUGGUCCACAAGGUCUUGUAUGGCAUCAUUCCUCUCUUUGAGAUUCAAACCUGCGCGUAUUUUCCCCUCCUCGUCUCACUAUGGCACUUGAAUUACAUGUUAUUCUACGUUGUCAUGUUCAUGCGACUCAUUAUUCUGGAACCUGAUUUCCAUUCACGAUGGAUCAAGGUAGUCGGUGUUUUGCUGAUUUUGCUCCGGUUUUCAGUAUGGCCGUUUGAACUUGCCUAUGUUCCGCUUCAAGCUCGAUUAAUGAAGCAGCCGGUGAUACAAGGCGGAACAUGUUGGGCCGAAUGGGGCAAUGGUGUCAGCAUCCUCAGCUUUAUUAGCGACAUUUUAGCUAAUCUAUUUUUGAGUGGCAUGUUUGUUCGAAGGUUGAAUCUACAUAUCCGAACGUCGAAAAAAGUCAUGAGCCGACAAAACCGCGUCAUUGAACACAUUGCUCGUAAAUCACUUUGGUGUCUUAUUCUGACAUUUAUUGUCAACUUGGCCAUGAAUUUACUCAAAGUUACUGUGUUUCUGGGUAACAGAUCUGAUGCAUUUACUGUUUACUUUUCAUUGUUUGAGUCUACGUUACUCGUUGAAGCCUUACGCGUCGAUUAUACACGAUUGUCCAACCAAGCGUUCUGCGAACACUGUGGCAUGGCAGUUCGACUGCCCAGCGACGAUCACAAACAUCGAUCGCCACCGCAUGAUCAUAAUCACAAUAAUGACUAUUUAAACGUUUCGCUCAAAAUACCAGAUUCUUUUGCGGCACCGCCGGACGGUGACAGCACCCAUAUCCACAACAAUAACAAUGGGAUCAAUCACAACAACGAAAGACGUAGUUCAUCGACACAUCAACUUGCUCAACAUACCACAGCCACAACAAUGACAAACGACCAUUGUCCAUUAUCAGCCGUGAUUAGCGUCGACCCUGAACUUUUACCAACAUCGCCAGCGUUUGAUAUUUCGUCGCCGUCGUUACAAAAUUCCCUAAUAUCAUCUCCACCGCCUUCUAUGGCGGAAGAGUUUGGUAGUAAUCGACGACCCAUGAAACGUACAAUCACAGAUCGUGAAUCUGCGUCCAUGGUCGAUCCGACGGCUACGUUUGGCUCUGCACGACUUACACAACGUCCUGAAUGGAGCAAUAAUGAAUUUCGCAUGUUCUGAUUAUGAAGAAGAGAAGAGCUAACACGUUUUUUGUACAUAUUACACAUUAUAUUUAUAUUGUUUUCCGUCUAUUACUACUAUUUUAUCUUUACACCCAACCAACCAACCAACCAACCAACCACACAACCUAGUAUAC